AUGUAUGACGACAUAGCGAAUAACACCAAAAACCCACACGAGGGCAAAAUCUACAACGCACCCAACGGUACCAACGUCUAUGAAGGCUUGGAGAUUGACUACAAGUUGACGGCAAAACGUCUCAAUGAAGCUUUACUGACCAUGCACAGACAACAUCGGUUCAGUCAGCUGGUAUUUUAUUUGGAGUCAUGUAGAAGUGGGUCGAUGUUCAAGAAUAUCCUGAGAAGCAAUAUUAAUGUUCUAAUUGAUGCUAAAGUGCCUUCUUUAGUAUACGCCAUCACUGCCACCUCAGAAAGCCAAGAAUCCUACGCCACCUACUGUGAUAAUCACUUAAAUUUACCGUGUCUCGGAGCUGAAUUCUCUGUUAAUUGGAUGGAGGACUCCGAUGAGACAAACAUCAAUGCUGAAACACUGGACGAGCAGUUCCAGAUAGCGGGAGAAUUAACGGUGAAAUCUGAUGUGAUGCGCUUUGGUAAUCUGAGCAUAUCCAGGGAACCGCCCAAACACCAGGAAGUUCUGUGGCCAUCGAGAGACGUGGAGCUUAUGCAUUUGAGAAACAUGAAACAGCUUGACCCUAAUUCAACCGCUGUCGACAUUCAGAUCGAUCGAAUUGAAAAGGUGAGGCUUUCAUAA